AUGUCUAACAUAGUAGUAGACAAUCCGACGAUACAGACCAUCUCUUUAAGAGGGAUGUUCAUCCAGUUCGUUGUGAACACUUCUAUUGGAGUCGGGACAUUGUUAAUAUUUGGAUUCCUGAGGCCUAGGAAUGGGAACGUAUAUGCGCCAAAACAAAAAUAUGUCUCAGAAAAAAACAAACUUCCGCAAAUCGAUAAAGGACUAUUUUCAUGGAUUCAACCAGCACUAAAGGCACCUGAAUCAUUACUAAUAGAAAAAAUCGGUUUAGAUGCCGUAAUGUUUUUGCGCUUUAUAUCCAUGUGCAGAAAUAUCUUCUUUUGGUUAUUUCUGCUGGGAUUUUGUGUAAUCGUGCCAAUUAAUGUUUGUGGAACAUAUCAAGAUCAAGGAGGUUUUCCCGAUACCACUAAUAAAAUAGAAUACCUCAGCAUUUCGUUCUUGAGAUCGCAAAAAUGGUUCUCAGCACACGUAAUCUUCACAUGGGUGUUCUCAUUAAUAGUUUACUAUUACAUCUAUAUCCAAUACAACCAAUACGCGGAACUUAAGCAUGCCUAUUUCAAGUCACAUGAUUACCAGAAAUCACUGCAUUCCCGAACGCUAUUAGUUCUGGGUGCACCACCUUCCAUACGAUCAGAUCAAGAAUUGGGCAAUUAUAUAGAGUCGUUGGAAUUAAAUUGUCAUAUUUCACAAGCGUGCAUUGGACAUAAUGUGGGAGAUUUACCGAAAUUAGUGGAGGAACACGAUAUCGCCGUUAGAAAAUUAGAAGAGGUUUUAUGUAAAUAUUUCAAAGAUCCCAAUAACAUCCCUCCAAAUAGACCGACUCACUCACCUGGCAUUUGUCACGGUCCAAAAGUGGACAGUAUUAACUAUUAUACUGAUAAAAUUCAAAGUCUCGAACGAAAAAUAUACACAGCACGAGAACGGGUGGCGAAUAAGCCAAAUAACUAUGGAUUCGUCUCAUUUCACAAUGUUUCAGAUGCUCAUGCCGUGGCUAAAAAAUAUGGAGGCUUUAAUUUGGGAAACCUUGCGGUUUCAAAGCUGACGCUGGCACCUUGGCCCAGGGAUAUUAUUUGGGAUAACUUACCGUCUGUCGGAGCUGUCAAAGGAACAAGAAAAUUGAUUGGUUACUCAUUAUUCAUCGCCUUAUGCUUUUUCUGGCUGGUUCCUAUAACAUUCUUGAGCAUGACCACUCAAUUGACAAAUAUCGUAAGAGUCGUGCCUGGCUUAGCCAAGAUUGUUGAAAAUCAUUGGGUCCUAGUUGCUCUAAUAGAGUCAUGGAUGACCCCAUUACUCAUGACGAUAUUUUUUGUAAUAUUACCCUAUAUUUUACGGCAACUCUCACGAUUUCAAGGCAAACACUCAAAAUGUUCUUCGGAACGAUCCACAUUGGCAAAACUUUACCUAUUCUUCCUCAUAAAUAACAUAAUAAUUUACACCGCAUCAACGACUAUUUUCGAUAUCGUUACAAAGAUAAAGGCCAUCCUUGAUAAAGGCGACGCGGACAUCGACGAUAUCUUACAUGUCUUUCAAAAUUCAAAUUUAUUCGAGCAAACCGCCAAUUCAGUAAUUCGUGUGUCAACCUUUUGGAUUAAUUAUAUUUCAUUGAGAGGCGCGGGAACUUUUAUAGAGUUAGCACAAUUUGCCGCAUUGGUGAUUAAAAAAAUCAAAAGAUUUUUUAUCACCGAAACACCGAGAAAUAUGAAGGAAUUCUCGCGCCCUCCUAACUUUGAUUAUGCGGUGUACUAUAAUCUGCACCUAUUCUUCUUCACGGUCGGAAUGAUGUACAGUGUGAUUGCACCAGCAAUUCUAUUCUUUUGUCUUUUGUAUUUUGAGUUGGCAUAUUUAACCUAUAGGUAUGUGUUUACAACAAAAACCGAAACUGGUGGUUCAUUUUGGCGUGUGGUAUUCAAUCGAAUGAUUGUGUCCAUCUUCUUCUGGCAAAUAGUGAUGAUCGGAACAAUGAAUUUAAAGGGUGUUCAUUUCCAUUCCCUGACUGUCAUUCCAUUACCGAUAAUGACCAUCUUUCUAAAAAUUAUGUGUAGUCAUUCAUUCGAUGAAAAAAUACAAUAUUACAUUCCUGAUAGUCUUUCCGAAAAAGAGGAAUUGAUGAAUGAAGACAUGGAAAGUCCUAAUGAUAAGCGAGAUAAGGUGUCCAUUCGAUUUGGACAUCCAGCGUUAACAACUGAACUUAUUAAACCAAUGUUAAGUUCCGAUGUUAAAAAUUUGUUGGACAAAGUUUAUGAUGGACACUUGGAAAUGGUUGAGGAGGAAAAACGAGGAAGACGAGUGAGUUCGAUGAUGAUUACCAACAAUGGUGAAAAGGUGAUUAAAAUUGAGGCUGUGGAUGUGAAAGAUUUAGAUAUUGAUGAGGAAUACAUGAAGGAAAAUGAACUUGAGUAUUACGAAAAUUACGAAGAGAAGUCCCCGCCAUCUUAUGUUAAGGAAGAACAAAAGAACUAUCCUCCAAAACCUUCAUUGCAAUAUUAUCACCAAGGAGAACGUUCCCCAUCACCAUAUCAGAAACAACAACCACCAUCAUCUCAGUAUUCACAGCAAAAUGUUUAUUUUGCCGACUCCUCUUCCAAUAAUACCCCGAAACAGGUGGAAACAAGUUCACAUCAAUCACCCAUCACUACUAUUCAGCCACAAUUCGUCGGUGAUGUUGGAAAUGAACAAGAAUAUAUAGUCGAAGGAGAAUAUGAAGAGGAGGAUGUUGAUAACAUGGAGAAACAUGAUGGGGAACAGCAUGUUGAUAGAAACCAAGGUGUAUAA